ACCUCUAGGAGGAAAACUGAGCUGCAGCCCUCGUGAAACAUAAAGUUUAUUUGACUAAAGUGACGCAAAAAUUCUUGAAGAGCUCUUUGGCAGCAGAUUAUCUGGAAAUCAGACCAUGUGAGGGGGAUUGGUGUACAAAAACCUCACCAAGAUGCUGAGUUGCCCACAGGCUGACUUCCCGAGACUCUGAAGUAAAUGUGGGUGAAGGUUACUCGAGCUUGGAUAACACCAAGGAAAGCGCUUCAAACCCAUCUGAAAGACAGAUGGUGUUUGUGCCUUCAAUCUGAUGGAUUUAAAUAUGGAAGAGGAAAUCUAAAAGUGCUGGGAAUAAAAGUGUGGGAAGACAAGCCACAAGGGGACUCUGUGCUGCUGUCCGUCUGCAAGUGAUCAGAACAAAUCUCGGAAAAAAUGGAAAAAAAGGCAACAAGCAAUGAGACUGAGCCGCUGACUUCCAAGAAAGAUGUCUCAGACUGUAAUGAAGGAGAAGAUUGUAAAGAGAACGGACUUCUGGUCAGGAACCCUAAAUCUGCCCUACGGCUAGUGGAGGAUGGCAAUAAAGUCCAUCCCAGCCAGGGAGAUAAAGGGGAGGCAGCUCAGAUCUCAAAUGGUUAUUCAGGGGUUCAGGGCUCUGUUCCCUGCAAUGGAAUGGGAGAGGUGGAAGACGCCCAGUGCACUGCCCCAGCAGCCACAACCACCACUACAACCACCACUUCUACCACCUGCGGAGCAGAAGGCCAGCAGCAGCUGAUGGAGCUAGAAGACAGAGAGACCUGGAGUAAAAAAAUUGACUUUCUACUCUCUGUCAUUGGAUAUGCAGUGGAUCUGGGAAAUGUGUGGAGAUUUCCUUAUAUAUGCUAUCAAAAUGGAGGAGGAGCAUUCCUCAUUCCUUACACAAUUAUGGCCAUCUUUGGAGGGAUUCCUCUCUUCUAUAUGGAACUAGCACUAGGACAGUACCACAGGAAUGGGUGUAUUUCAAUUUGGAGAAAAAUAUGUCCUAUAUUCAAAGGAAUUGGCUUUGCCAUCUGUAUAAUAGAUCUUUAUGUAGCCUCCUACUACAACACCAUUAUGGCCUGGGCCUUUUACUACCUCAUAUCCUCCUUCACGGCGGAGCUGCCAUGGACCAGCUGCACAAAUGCUUGGAACACAGGCAACUGCACUAACUACUUCAGCAAGGACAAUGUCAGCUGGUCCCUGCACUCCAUCUCUCCCGCAGAAGAAUUUUAUACCCGCCAAGUUCUACAGGUGCACAGGUCCAAUGGGCUGGAUGACCUGGGGGGCAUUAGCUGGCAAUUGACCCUCUGUUUAUUGUUAAUCUUCACCAUUGUAUACUUCAGCAUCUGGAAAGGGGUCAAAACAUCUGGCAAGGUGGUAUGGGUGACUGCCACAUUCCCUUACGUCAUACUCUUUAUCCUGCUAGUGAGAGGUGCGACUUUGCCUGGGGCUUGGAGAGGUGUCCUCUACUACUUAAAACCUGACUGGCAGAAACUCCUGGCCACUGAGGUUUGGGUGGAUGCAGCAGCUCAGAUUUUUUUCUCCCUUGGUCCAGGUUUUGGUGUCCUAUUGGCUUAUGCCAGCUACAACAAAUUCCAUAACAACUGCUACCAAGAUGCUCUGGUUACCAGUACCGUGAACUGUCUGACUAGUUUUGUGUCUGGAUUUGUCAUUUUCACUGUGCUGGGAUACAUGGCUGAGAUGAGGAAUGAAGAUGUAUCAGAGGUUGCCAAAGAUACUGGACCCAGCCUUCUCUUCAUUACGUAUGCUGAGGCCAUUGCAAACAUGCCUGCUUCCACUUUCUUUGCCAUCAUCUUUUUCCUGAUGUUACUCACGCUGGGAUUAGACAGCACGUUUGCAGGGCUAGAGGGAGUGAUUACCGGAGUACUGGAUGAAUUCCCGCAUGUCUGGAGCAAACGCAGGGAAUUGUUUGUCCUUGGUCUGACCAUCGUUUGCUUUUUGGGGUCAUUAGCAACCCUGACAUUUGGAGGUGCGUAUGUGGUAAAGCUGUUUGAAGAAUACGCCACUGGUCCAGCUGUCCUAACAGUUGUGUUUCUGGAAGCAGUUGCUGUGGCCUGGUUCUACGGCAUCACCCAGUUUUGCAAUGAUGUGAAAGAAAUGCUAGGCUUUACCCCAGGCUGGUACUGGCGAGUUUGCUGGGUAGCAAUUAGUCCCAUCUUCCUUCUGUUUGUCACUUGCAGCUUUCUGUCCAAUCCUCCUGAGCUACGGCUUUUUGAUUAUAAUUAUCCCUACUGGACUACAGUAGUGGGUUACUGCAUAGGAACUUCUUCAGUCAUGUGUAUUCCGAUCUACAUGGUUUAUCGGUUGAUCAUCACUCCAGGAACACUUAAGGAGCGUGUUCUGAAAAGCAUUACUCCAGAAACAGCUACAGAAAUUCCUUUUGGAGACAUCCGCAUGAAUGCAGUAUAAGCUGACCUGUUUUCUGGGGGGAAGAGAGGGAGAGCAUAAAACAUAACUUUCCCCACACUCUCCCACCCAAAGAAUUACGUUUCCAGCUGAGACAACAAAGGGAGGAGUUUUCUGUGGACGUUGCAUCACUGACAACAGGCAUUUGGAAACAUGAUGCCUCCAGCACAUUUAUCCAAGCAAUUCAAUGAAAUCUACUGUGCACUUCUAACCAGACUGAACUGACUGAGAACUAACUCAUUCUGGAAACAUGAGGAUGGCUGUGUGCAUGAGAAUACCACUACUCCAUGCACGGGCACUGGGGCUGUUUGAAAGUGUGCGUGAUUGCACAAGCCACUAUAGGACGAGUAUCAGCGGGUAGGACUAGGUGUAGAAUCCCAAGUCUGUGGCAGUACUCCUGUAUCUUCCUCAAUGUGAUUGUUCGUACUGGGCAAUGUCAUAUUCGCUUCUAAGGUUCUAAUUGCUUAAACUACAUUGAAAAACACAAAAAUAUUUCUGAUAGCCAUAGAUUACUCAAGUAACACAGGGUUUUAUAAACUAGAAAAAAAAUUAGUAAAUUCCCUAGGUUUGUAGUGGAGUAGACAGAGGAAGAGGAAACAAUCCUGAGCAGCACUAUAUAAAGCUCUGCAUACAUUAGCACACAUAUCUGGUAGCAUUAUCCUCCCCUUCCUGUAUUUUGUAGUUGGUAACAGUUUCUAUUGUUUCUUGCAUAACAAAUACUACAAAAGCAUUUUUUGUAAUGUAGUAGCCUUCACUUUCCUUUAGACCCAAUUAAGCUGUAAAAACUCAUCAUGGGUUACUUAACAAGAACCUAAGUUGCUAGCACAUACCAUACUGUUUUCAUAACUAAUCUAAAUAUUCACAAAAUCAUUGUCCUGACAGACCUAACACACGUAAAGAAACUACAGACCAACAAUGAAUUUUUGAGUUCCGAUGCCAAGAAGCGGAAUCUUAAAAAUCUGCUUCUCUGCUUUUUGGUUUUUUUAUUUAAAUUUAAGUUCAUGCCUAAAAUUUGCUGGAGCCUGUGACUUUUUCUAUUCUUUCCUAGUACAGAACUAAAGUUUAGAAUAAUCCUUUUGGCUGGUUGACAAAUGUACAUUUAACAAACUAUAAAAACCUACUUUGAAGAUUUAUUAGCUCAUAUUCUAAUGUGAGCACAUUUGGUUUUCACCCUGAAGAAGAAGAGGGGAAAUUUUAUUCUAACAAGAAGUUGAGUGGAGUUCAGCAGGACUGAU